UGUAGACGUUAAAAUAUGUAGAUGAAAAAUUUUAUUUUCAAAAUUGCAAGAAGUGUUCUUGUAACGUUGAAAUUUGAUUCAAAAGUUCGAAUCCUACUGCAUAUUGUUAAGACAUUGUCGCUUUUAUCAGAUGGUUAUGCUUUAAAAUAAUAAAUUCCCGAAAUUGUAAAUUUAGUUGCAAUAACAAUGUUAUGUGUAGAAGGAAGAGUGGCUUUAGCUGCUUUUAUCUCGUUCGCAGUGUUGUCGUUAUACCAAGUGCGUAUUUUAUGUGCUGACUACUGGAGUUAUGAAUACUGCUUACUAGUUUUUAUUACAGCUGUGUCAUGUACGUUUGCACUUCCAUACUCUGGAAUAGUAAAACGUGCAGGUUUUUUAGGAACUAUUUUUGGAGGAGCUUUGGUUUUAAUUUAUUUCACAGUAUUUCCAUGGAAAUUGCUUUGUGUUUUUUUGGUAGCUUUAUCGUUUUUUCAUUUUUCUGAAUAUCUUUUAACAGCUAUCUACAAUGAGCAUACGCUAAAUUUGAGUUCCUUCUUGAUCAAUCACAGUGUUGAAUAUCAACUAGCUGUUGUAUUGUCUGUUUCAGAAUUCGUGGUAGAAACAUUGCUGCUACCGUCUUUAAAACAUUUUUUCUUAAUCAACUUUGUUGGAUUUAUUUUAGUUUUGGGUGGUGAGCUUUUGCGCAAAGUCUCUAUGGUGACUGCAAAAUCAAAUUUUACACACAUUGUGCAGGAUGAAAAAAAAGAAAGCCAUAUUUUAGUAACGAGUGGGGUAUAUGCCUGGUCACGCCAUCCAUCUUACGUUGGCUGGUUUUAUUGGAGUAUUGGUACUCAAAUCAUGUUAUGCAAUCCGAUAUGUACAGUCCUUUAUUGUUAUGCAUCGUGGAAGUUUUUUUACGAUCGGAUUCGAGAUGAAGAAUUUUACUUGUUUAAGUUUUUUGGUAAAGAUUACAUAGAUUAUGUUGAAAAAGUACCAACAAGAAUACCGUUUGCAAAUGGUUUGUACGAUGAGUUAAAACCUUUUAUGGCAAAAAGUAAAGAAACACACAAAUGAAAGCGAAUAACAGUAACUAUAUAAUUUUAUAAAUAGAUAUCGUGCAUAGGUGGAGCGAAUUA